AUGGAAAUGAAAAAUUUGACUGGAGGUGAAAACCUGCAAACAAUUGCAGAACGUUUCUGCUCUGUGGAAUUUACUGGAGAGGUACAUGGCGAGCUCGUUUUUCUCUCUGUCAUUAACACUUUUUUGUCAAUUACAGCAUUUUUGGGGAAUACUCUGAUCCUAUUUGCCCUUCGCAAGGACACAUCAAUUCAUCCGUCAUCCAAACUCCUGUAUCGUAACCUUGCGAUAACCGAUCUCUGUGUUGGUAUCAUUGCGGAGCCUCUACGCGUUGCAUAUUGGAUUUCUGUGAUCAUGAACGAAAGAUGGGAUAUUUGCUAUUACAAAAGUUUGACAGCAUAUUUCGCAGGUACUACUUUGUGUGCAGUGUCGUUGAUAACACUGACAGCAAUAAGCGUGGACAGACUUCUCGCUUUGCUACUAGGUCUCAGAUACAGACAAGUUGUAACUUUGAAAAGAACACGUUUAAUUGCUAUUGGUGGUUGGAUUGUGUGUAUUGUCGGUUCAUCUAUCUCCUCUCUGAAUCCUCUUAUAGAUUCUUUGUGCCAAUUUAUUGGUGCAGCUUUUUGUUUAGUCACUUCAAUCUGUGCCUACACAAAAAUUUUCAUGUCUCUGCGUCUUAACCAAAUUCAUGGUCAGAACCAUGUUGUUCAAGGACAAUCGAGCCAAGCAAAUACACUGAAUAAAGCUCGAUACAGAAAGGCAGUGUACAGUGCACUGUGGGUGCAGGUAACAUUGAUUAUUUGUUAUCUGCCGCACGUUAUAGCUAUAGCUUUAACACCUCAAAGGGGGAUGCCUUUAUCUACUUACCUGGCUAGGCAAUUUACAAUUACUUUAGUGUUUUUAAACUCGUCGUUAAACCCGUUUCUGUACUGCUGGAAGAUCACAGAAGUGAGACAAGCUGUAAAAGAAACAUUACAACAACUACACUUCUGUACCUGAACUAAGACUUAGACUAAAAACAUUUAGUAGCGAACGUGAUAAGAAAAUAUAUAUAAGAAAACCAGACGAAUAUCCUGAUCCGAAUUGUACCUUUAAGAUUGUUUUCUGUUUCACCGCAGAUUGAAAGACAGUAACAAAAUCAUUUGUUUAUGUUAAAAAGUUUAAUAAUCAUAAAACAAAAUGAAAAUAUCACUAAGACUAGUCAGUUGGCUAAUUAGUUCUCUGGCAAUGAAGACUACGAAGCAGGCACAUAUUCUUAAAGGGAACAGCUCACUUGCUCGCAACAUCACACUGACAAAGCUCUUUUGACUAAUGUUUUUUAAAGCCAGAAGACAAUCAGAGAGUUUUACUGUUCUGCCGAAUUUAAAAUUACUGGAGAGGUACAUGGCGAACUUCUCUUGAAAAUACACUGCAUAAAUAACAGCUGUUGAUAACCAUAAAAGCCACUAUAUGUUCAUAGUAUAAUCAAGUUUAACAAACGUCAUAAGUUCAGUUUGGUAAAACUAAUCAGGGCGCAAAAAUAUUACUUUUCCCAAUGCUUUUUCAAAUCAAACAAUGUUUAUUGUGGGAUAAUGAGGGCCAGUACAUGAUGUAAGUUAAAUUUGAUGGCCAAUAAAUACACAUUGCAUUGUUUUGUUGCCUAACACAGGUCAUUUUAAUACAAGCUUGCGAGCACUACGAAGGCUUUUGUUUUAAGAUAUUGAAAAGUGAACCCUUAUACUUCUGGUUUGCAGGUGACGUCACAGCGGCCAUGUUGGUGAUCAAGAAAAAAACCAUUUCUGUUCUCUGGGAAGUAACCUCUAUUUUCAUUUAAAUCCUUCGAGAAAACAAUUCUUUUUUACUGACCCCCAACAUGGCCGCCUUGUCACGUGGUGCAAACCAAUAAUACCCACAUGGUAACGUGAUAUCAAUGGAAGAGAAGGGCCUGUCAUAAGUACCCCUCGGGGGAUUUCUCAGAUGACUAACUAUUACCUACUGUUGUUAUUUGCCAUCGUAUCAAUUAUUUUAUCCAAAAUAAAGUCUGUUGCGAGGUCGAAUUAUUGCAGGAAUUAGUAGCAAAAGCGUUGUACUUUCUCAGCUAAGAGCUAAAGAAGACAGGCUCAUAUACAAUGCUUAAAGGAUGGAACAUCACCAUGGCCCUAGGGAACGAAACCCUCUCUUUUACAAAAAUAGGCCUUGGGCUCAUAUAACAGUUGAGUACGCCACCAGCACUGCUAACUUUUGUCCCCUCUCACUUUCAAAUUCAUUUCUACGGGCCCGCAUGACAACGGAAGACAGCAUAUCUGGAGAAAAAAAGCUACGAGAAAACUGCUUCGAUUUGAAAGUUUGGCUGAGCUUGGUAAUUUGUAUUGCGCGUCACACAGAAAAACAGGAACACGUUGAUUUGGCCAAUUGAUUGUUUGGUGAAUCAUAAUAAAAACUUAUCUUCUCGGAGAAAUGGUAGUCUUUCGUUGUUUUCACACUUUAUUUGUAAUUAAACUUUAUUUUGAAUAAUUAUUAUAGGUACGUGCAUCAAUCUUAGCCAUCGGUAGCUGUCCGGCAAACUGAGAAAGUUUUACCUCGAAUUAUGGAUUGCUUACUAGCCUACGUAAUUCAGUUUACUUUAACAAAGAGAAGAAGAACAACAGUCAACAAGCUGUAAACUAAUCGAACAACAGAUAGAGGUGCUAUGUACAAGUUGUUGUAUAUAGGGAAAGUAUAUAUAUAUAUAAUAUAUAUACAUAGUUUUAUCUGGAUUUUUGAACUUGGUUUAGAAAAAACAUCAACUCACUCUACUGCUUGGCAAUUUAAAACAACGAAAAAUUAUUAAAAGGCCGAUUAAAAGCCUUUAUCUGACGCCGGGCAGUAAGUCAGUGUUGGUCCCUAGAAGUAUUUCAACGAGUCACAAUUUCAAUGAUGUCAAGUUAUUUCCGCACCGUUCUUUGAAGUUAGUCGGUUGCAGGUAAUUACCUUCAAGAGGGCAUUGCCGUUUCUUGACGGUAAUUGCCUCAGACAAAACGUGAUUUACCAAGCGACUGUAACGACUGGGACAACAACAGAAUCAUACAUUGGACUCAGUAGCCACUAACUUUAAAGAACAGUACAGAAAUCACUGGACAUCCUUCCGACACGCGAACAGAGGAAACGAGACGGAACUGUCCACACAGGUGUGCCCCCUACAGAUCCUUUCACGUGCAGGGGAAAGUACUCAGUACUUGUUAACCAUAUGACAAGGCUAGCAAUAAUUGUAAUCUGUGCCUCCAAGAAAAAUUUUUUAUCAUUUGCAAAAAACACUUAUGUACUCUGAACAAAAGAAACGAAUUUGCAAGUUCAUGCCCAUACAGAAAUAGAUUCACUCUCAGAAAUUUUAGAAUAACGUAACGCAACGCAACGAAACCGCAGGGAUCCCGAAAAAACCAUUGGGAAACCUCUAUACCUCCGUGUCGACUUUGUGUCUAUUUACAAAGUUUUUAAUCACUCUGCGUCUGCCUCGUCACCAGCCGCUCGCAAUCGCAUAUUCAGAAAUUUUUAAGUUUGGCGGCCUACCCAUCAUCCCCCACUCGCUGUUCUACACUCGUUUCCUACACCCCGCAUUGAACUCCACCCUCCUCACUUAGCUUUGGAAAAGAAACACGUUUCACGCGCCAAAAUUCUCAGAAGCAGUCUUAAAAUUGCUUUCUCCGCAGUAAUUGCAUCUUGUUCCACAAAACUUGGCGGAGUUGCUUUAACGGCACCCCAUUGCAAACUGUAGAACUAAAAAAAAAUGCCCUUCAGCAUUACUUCAGGGUGAAUCUGUUUACAAAGGAUCUGGAUAGGGUUAACUGACAACUGACGAAUAGCCAAGAUAUUAACUGACAAAAAAAUUCAUUCAAUAAUUACAUUAAUUGAUUUUGAUUAAUUAAUUACGCGUCGAUCAUAAGUGACGUCAUGAAAAGUUUAUCUGGAGGCUCGCUGCAUGAAUCAGUCCGUCAUAAGCUCAAUUCGAAGGGCAAGCACAAUACCCAGUCCUCCCUCCCGGCCGAGAGAGUCUAUUGAUUCAGUUACGACGUCAUUCGUUACUCAGUGUACUUGUUGUCCAAUCGGACUCAAUAAACUUGUUGCCCAAACUUCUUGUUAAGUGGUCUUUGGGAACACGUGAUUGCCUAAAAUUUAACCGACAACUGACAUUUACCUUGGGUUUUACUGUCAAGUGACAAAGGACCUGAUUGUCCUUUAUUACUCUCGCAUGCGUAAGCAGUGAGACUCAGAGGGCCGGUUAUUUAAACGAAGUCUAAGUUAACCAGUGUUUAGGGCUAAGCCUGCGGUUAAGACGUUGUCUCGAUAAACAACGGCUAAACGAUGCUUAAUUAACAAUUAUUGAAUGAGGCUGAGUAUCUUAUGAAGAAUUAUGGAGAUCGAGGAGGGUGUUAUUCGUCGAGGCCGUAGGCCGAGGCGGGUAACACCCUCUGGGAUCUCCAUAAUUCGUCAUAUGAUACGAAAGCCGAAUUCAAUAAUUGUUUUAUUAUUCAUUCAAAAUUCAUUAAAGAAAAAAAGCUAAAACAUGUUUACCUCCACCGAUGUUAAGUUCUCCUUCGAUAGUGCACGUUUAGGGUUAUUCAACUCCGCAAAUAUUCUUCAAAUAGCAGAUGUCGCCCUUCAAUUUGUGUUCUUGCCAUUUUUUUAGCUAUAAUUUCGCCUAGUUCUUACUCUUGAAACGAGUGAAAUGUCCGCCAUGUUUUGUUUUCACAACCAAAACAACUCAACCUCGUCCCCAGGUCUUCUCGGUUAACGGUGCAUUAACCUGCAAGAACGCUGCCUUUUUGACGUCAUUUCCUCGUUAAACACAAAAUUCUUCCAAAUUUUCAGGUCAUCAGUAACUGGUUAUGGUGAAUUAUGCGUGUGCUUUUAGCCAAUCAGAAUCGGGGAAAUAUUUUGAAUGAAUAAUAAAAUACAUUAUUAAAACACGACUGAACCGUGUUCUUUCAAGUCAAUGGCUAAACCGUGUCUCACGAGGAAAUACAUUGUCUGCGGAGUUGUUUCGUAUGCACAUUUCCAGAUAGUGGUUGUGUCUCUGCAAUAUGGCUUCUAAACCAAGUCGCAAACAAAUUUCAGCGAACAAGAAAAACUUUUAUUGGCCGAAUUGGGUAGAGACGGUAAAACGUUGGCAAAAAAGAUAAAGGCAUGAGAGGAAAUUUUAACUAAGUUUAACUCCCAAAAUCUUAACGGUAUCAAAAGCGACCUCAGUCAGCUUCAAGGAUGAUGGAGGCGCCUGAAACUCCAGUCGAAAAAGGAACACGACUUACAUCGUCGUGAAGCAAGAAAAACUGGCAUGCAUCAAAUCGGGUUGUUUAGCUCGGCGUCCGUUCUGCCACAGAGUAAAUCUACUGAGUUGUGUAGCUCGGUGGCCGUUAUUCAACCGAAAGUAAAUCUACCGAGAUGUGAAGCUCGCCGGCGCCUUUUCAUCACUGGACCCAAUUCUAUGAUAUAUAUUAUUUACAUUUUGUUACCUUGUUUUUGCAUUAUAUUUCCUCGUUUUUGCUCUGUGUUUAAUAAAACUUCAUUGCUCUUAGCCAAUCCUCAGAUUUAAGAAUUUUUUUCAUGUCUAUUAUUAUGAUGAAAACCGAUUACAUUCAAAUAAUUCCCUCAGCUCUAAAACUGUUUCAGUUUCAGUUUAGUUUCAAUGUAUUUUUUCCCAGAAAAAAAAAUACAUAUGCAUACAGACAUUCAAUACAUUAGAAAAAUGUUAUUUAAAGAUUAAAGAGACGCAAAAAGUAAAAGAAUUUAAAAAAAAAUUUUCUGGCGAGGAAGCUCAAAUGGAAACUUUGAGGCUUAUUAUAUGAGCUGCCUCCCUAAACUAAGACUAAACAUAAAGAAUAAAUAAGCGGCAAAGUUAUACUGAAAUAUAAUUAGGAUAAAAAGCAAGCAAAACAAAACAGACAAAAAGCAGCAAAAAACAAGUAUUAUUUACAAAUGAUUAUUAAUCCACUAAGAAGAAAUGUUUUUAAUCUGGAUUUAAAAAGAGAGAUUUUAUAGUAGCAGCAAAAACGAACGUAAAGCAUUUUUUUCUCUUUAAUUCUCAUCUCGUAAGUAUAUGGUACAAACUGACCCGGACAUCAUUUAGCCCAUUUUUUUAAACAUGUAUAUAACUGUUAAGACUUCCUGGCUACGAUGAGACGAUUAGUAGUACAUUAAUAAAAAGCCUUUUUUCAUCAAUUUGAAUCUUUGUUCAACAGAUGUAUCGAUCAAGAAUCGGCUAAAAAACUUUGUAUCACUGAUCGUGACAGUUUAGCUCGUUUUCUAAAAACCAGACAAUUGUGCUAUUUGUUUUGCCAAUUGCACGGCGCAACAAGAUUGCCAAUAACUCUGUCGUUUGACAUGAAAAUACAGCCCACCGCAUAUUUAAUUUGUUUUUGACAUGAUGAAGCUAUCACAUAAGGAAAACAGAUAUAUUAAAAAAAGGUUCGCUUGAACGUAGUUGCUUCGGAGAAAAGUCAAGGUAAUGACAAACCACCAAACAAUUGGAGAACUGUAUUGUUCCGCAAAAUUCACUGGAGAGUCGAGGAGAGGUACAUGGCGAGCUAAUUUCUCUCUAAGACAAAAGAGGAUAGCUAAAUAUGAUGGUGAAUGAUGGUACAAGUUCCAUGUUAAUAUUUUGGGUUCACUAUACUCAAUCGAAAUGAACGUCACCAUUUGGCGUUUUUAAUUUUAAAUAUUUUACCUUUCAUAUAACAGAUCCGAAUUGGACGCGCCGGGAGAUGGUGUGAACGGGGGAAAUAAUUUUAAAAAGCAAUUUAAAUGAGGAUAUUAUCUUGACGUAGUGAAAUAGCAAUUUAAGCAAUUGCAAAUAAACCGUCCAAAAUGUUAAAUUUAUAGCCCACAAAGUUUGACAUGUUUGGGGAUAUACUCGGUUAAGACUUCCACUUCUAAAGAAAAUGUGGCCAAUUUAGUGCUGGUAUGCAUGUGAACGUCAGUUAGAGUUGAAGAAAAACGGCACAAGCAAUUUGAAGCUACAAAAUACAGAAACACUUUAACAUAAGCCCCACCAGUAACAGGCUCGCCAAUAUAAACUCAAUCCCCUCUCACUUGCAUUGAAAUGAAAAUGAUUUAUUAUGAUAUUUUGAAGCUUUUACCCGUAACUGGAAAACAUAUUUAAAUCAGCACUGCGUUAGCUUGUUUCGAACAGCUUUUUCCAAUUCCGUUAUAAUCCCCCUCGGAUUUAAGCCCCUGCGUUUAAUUUAUCAAGAGCCCUUCUAAAAACCCUUGCAAAGAUGUAUAAUCCCAGGGAUUUUAAGCGGCAGUUUACGGCACUGCAUAUCAUAUGUUCGGCUCACAAACUUAACACCUCCGUUAGCAAAAUUUUCUCGUUCUACUUGAUCUCACUAUGUUUACUAAAACUGCUGAUUGCUCUCAGCUAAUCCUCGAAUUCACGUUUUUUUCAUGAUUUUUAUAUGAUAAAAACAGGUUACAUUCUAAUUUCCUAAGCUCAAACGAACGUUUUAUUUUCUUUAUUUCCCACCUCGUAAAUGGUCCAGACUUUCGAGCCCAUUAUUUGAACAUUUGGAGAUUGUUACUGAGACCUCACUGCCUGCGAUGACAUUAAGAGCGCGUCAGUUUAACUUCUAGCAAUUGACGAAAACCGUUAUUUACUCAAUUUGAAUAUAUGCUUAACACUGAGAAAUAUCGAUCAAGACUUGGUUAAUAGACUUUUAUUACUAACAGUUUAACUCGUUUUCUAAGAGCCAGGCAAUUGUGCUUAUUUGCUCGCUAAUCGCACGGCAACACAAAGGCGACACCAACAUUGUCAAAUUCCAUCGUUUAAUAAACUGAAAAUAAAGAGCAAAUAUUUAAUUGUUUGCUGCGAAGGUGCAUGUAGCAGUCAUUUAAGGAGGACAGAUAUAUUAAAAAAGAGUUCAGUUGACUGUAGCCGCAUCGCAGAAAAGUCGUGGAAUUAAUGGAAAAUUUUACUAGAGGUGAAAACCUGCAAACAGUUGCAGAACGUUUGUGCUCUGCGGAACUUACUGGAGAGGUACAUAGCGAGCUCAUUUUUCUCUCUGUCGUUAACACUUGUUUGUCCAUUACAGCAUCUUUAGGGAACGCUCUGAUCUUAGUUGCCCUUUACAAGGACACAGCAAUUCAUCCGUCAUCCAAACUCUUGUAUCGUAACCUAGCGAUAACUGAUCUUUGUGUUGGUAUCAUUGCGGAGCCUCUCCAUGUUGCUUAUAUGAUCUCUGAGGUGAACAAAAGAUGGGAUAUUUGCUAUUACGCAAAUGUGACAGGAUAUUUCGCAAGUCUUACUUUGGGUUCAGUGUCGUUGAUAACAGUGGCUAUAAUAAGCGUGGACAGACUUCUCGCUUUGCUACUGGGUCUCAGAUACAGACAAGUUGUAACUUUGAAAAGAACGCGUUUAGUUGCUAUUGGUGGUUGGAUCGUGUCUAUUGUCGGUUCAUCUAUCUCCUUUCUGAAACCUCUUAUAGAUUCUUUGUACCAAUAUAUUGGUGCACCUUUUUGGUUAGUUACUACAAUCUGUGCCUACACAAAAAUUUUCAUGUCUCUGCGUCAUAACCAAAUUCAUGUUGUUCAAGGACAAUCGAGCCAAGUAAAUACACUAAAUAUAGCUCGAUACAGAAAGGCAGUGUACAGUGCACUGUGGGUGCAGGUAACAUUGGUUAUUUGUUAUCUGCCGUACGUUAUAGCUGUAGCUUUAACACCUCAAAGGGGGACGCCUUUAUCUACUUACCUGGCUAGGCAAUUUACAAUUACUUUAGUGUUUUUAAACUCGUCGUUAAACCCGUUUGUGUACUGCUGGAAGAUCACAGAAGUGAGACAAGCUGUAAAAGAAACAUUACAACAACUACACUUCUGUACCUGA